GUUUCCUUCGUUUUUAUUAGUUUACCCCAAACUUUUUUUCACCUCUUCACACAACAUGCCUGAACAGACGAACGGACAAACCAACGGAAACAAUCCUGACCGCCCAAGAGAGCCUAUUGUCUCUCCAUAUCAAUCCAAGUAUCCCGACCCUAUGUCCAAUGUUUCCAACUUUAAGAUCAUUGAGUCUACUCUCAGAGAGGGUGAACAAUUCGCCAAUGCUUUCUUCGAUACUGCUAAGAAGAUCGAGAUUGCCAAGGCUUUGGAUGACAUCGGUGUAGAUUAUCUCGAGUUGACCUCACCAAUGGCCAGCGAGCAGUCUCGUCUUGACUGUACCGCUAUUGCCAACCUUGGUCUUAAGGCCAAAAUUCUUACCCACAUUCGUUGCCAUAUGGAUGAUGCUAAGGUUGCCAUCUCCACUGGUGUUGAUGGUCUUGAUGUCGUCAUUGGAACAUCUUCCUACCUCCGAGAGUUUUCUCAUGGCAAGGAUAUGGACUAUAUCACUGCCAAGGCUAUUGAAGUUAUCACAUUCAUCAAGAAGUCUGGCCUCGAAGUUCGAUUUUCAACUGAAGAUUCCUUCCGCUCAGAUCUUGUCGAUUUGUUGAGCAUUUACAAGGCUGUUGACAAGAUUGGUGUCAACCGUGUUGGUAUUGCUGAUACCGUCGGAUGUGCCAACCCUCGUCAAGUCUACGAACUCGUCAAAACUUUGAGAAGUGUUGUCAGCUGCGAUAUUGAGUGCCAUUUCCAUAACGACACUGGAUGCGCUAUCGCAAACGCUUAUGCCGCUCUGGAAGCUGGUGCUACACAUAUUGAUACCUCCGUCCUCGGUAUUGGUGAGAGAAACGGAAUUACUCCUCUCGGUGGUCUCUUUGCACGUAUGUAUGCUGGUGACAAGGAGUAUGUCAAGAACAAGUACAACCUUCACAAGAUCAGAGAUGUUGAAAACAUCGUUGCUGAGGCCGUUGAAGUCACCGUUCCUUUCAACAACUAUAUCACCGGUUACUGUGCUUUCACCCACAAGGCUGGUAUCCACGCUAAAGCUAUCUUGAACAACCCAUCAACGUACGAAAUUUUGAAGCCAGAAGAUUUCGGUAUGACGAGAUAUGUCAGCAUUGGACACAGACUUACUGGAUGGAAUGCUGUGAAGAACCGUGUUGAACAACUCAACCUUGACCUUACUGAUGAAGAUGCUAAGGCAGUUACUCAAAAGAUCAAGGCUCUCGCUGAUGUCCACGGUGCUUUGUCUUUGGACAUGGUUGACGGUCUUCUCAAGAAGUUCCAUGAAGCCAAGGGUGAUGGAACCCACAAGGAAGUGCUCAACCUCAUUGAGUCACCAGCACAAAUCGUCGCCUAAACCCAUCUGUUCUUCCACACAUGCAUAUUCACACUCGAUUUUUUUCUUUUCAUCCUAUUUUUGGAGAGUUUUAAAUGAGAUGCGGUUUUGAUUCAUUGGCCAGUAUUUGGUUCUCCCAUCCAUCUUGUACAAAGCACCAUGUUUCUCGAUGAGAGAGGCAAUACAUUUUUUAAAAAAGAAACAUCACCUUUUGUAAAGUAUACAAUAAAGCCGUCAUCUUGUCGACGAAUAAUCAUUACAAAGUGUGCCAACUUGUGGAGUUUUUGGAUGUCCACUAUUCUCG